GACGUCAUGGUCUAUGAUAAAUGUAUUAUCUAUAUUAUCUGUGUUGUGUUUAUGUAAACUAUGCGCAUGCGCUAACCGGUAUAUAUAUUUUCUUAUACGUGGAUUUUAAUUUUUUAUUAUUAUAAAAAAACAUUGUUAUUAACUGACAAUUUUUCCAGUAUUCAGUGACAAGUGACAACCACUAGUUAAGUGGCAAGUGCUAAUUAUCAGUUAGUCUAAUACUGUAAUUGUUUAAAUGUAAAAUAAAAACAAUGUGUAAAAUAAAGUUUAGAUUAUUGUCAUUCGUAAUAGAACUUAUUUAAAUUACAUAAUACAUGUACCUAUACGGCUAAACCUACCUACUUGAAUUUCAAAAUUGAAUUGUAGUGAAUUCAUUUUACAUUUCUGUUAUAGUUUACAAUUACAAACAUUGUUCAUCAGGAACAUAAGCUAUAAAUAAUGAGUAAAGUCAAACCAAGAAAAGCCAUGGUUUUUGAAGAUAAACUAGAAAAUUUUAGUCCAAAGCGAAAGAAACAUGGUUUGCAUGUACCUAAAGCUGUACCUUGUACAAUUGGUGAUAGGCUAAACAUAGCAAUUUUGUUAUUUUUGUACACAUUACAAGGGGUACCUCUUGGCCUUUCUGCAGCUAUACCAAUAAUAAUGCAGAAGAAACAUAUAACAUACAAAGAACAGGCCCAAUUUAGCUUUUCUACAUGGCCAUUUAGUUUAAAACUAUUAUGGGCACCUAUUGUUGAUUCUAUAUUUUGGCCAAAGUUUGGUAGAAGAAAAACCUGGCUUGUUCCUGUACAAUACUUAAUUGGUUUUUUUCUGUUAUUUUUGGCAAUGAACAUCAAUGAUUGGCUAGUGUUUACAGAAGAUCCAAACACUACAUUUUUGACAUUAAUGUUUUUUUGUUUGAACUUCUUAGCAGCUACACAAGAUAUUGCCGUUGAUGGUUGGGCAUUAACAAUGUUAAGAAAAGAAAAUGUAGGAUAUGCCUCAACAUGUAAUAGUGUAGGUCAGACAAUAGGUGCUUUUCUUGGCUAUGUUGUGUUUAUAACAUUAGAAUCACCUACUUUUUGUAAUAAAUGGCUACGAUUUACUGAAAGUACAGAGGGUUUAAUCACAUUACAAGGUUUUUUAUAUUUUUGGGGUUAUACAUUUAUGAUUGCUACAACAUUAGUAGCUAUAUUUAAACAUGAAAACAACGAAUCAUCUCAACAUGAUAGCCAUGAUUUAAAUUUAUAUCAAACAUAUAAGCUUCUUGGAGAUAUUAUAAAAUUACCAAGCGUUAAAACCUUAUCAAUAAUAUUACUCACUGCUAAGAUAGGAUUUAGUGCAAUUGAUGUUGUUUCUAGUUUAAAAAUCAUUGAUAAAGGUAUUCCUAAAGACGAUAUUGCUUUAAUUGGAUUAUUAUCAAUUCCACUCCAAAUUAUUAUACCGGUAUUGAUAACCAAGUACACAGCCGGACCCAAACCAAUGAAUAUUUAUUUAAAAUCUAUACCGUACAGAUUAUUAAUUGGUAUUGUCAUUGCCGUCAUUGUUUACUUUACACCAUAUUUUAUUGAUCAAGAUGGUAAUGUUUCAAUGUUCUAUUAUAUAUUAGUAUUGAGUUCAUUUUUACUACAUCAGUUGACUAUGUACUCAAUGUUUGUGGCCGUGAUGGCAUUUUUUGCCCGUAUAAGUGACCCAUUAUUUGGUGGCACUAAUAUGACUUUGUUAAAUACAUUAACAAAUUUAGGAGGCGCUUGGGCUAAUACAGCUGCAUUAUGGAUGACUGAUUUUUUGACGUACAAACAAUGUUCAACCAAUGAAAAUAACACAUGUUCCACUGAAACAGAAAUUAAUGCUUGUCAAACAUCAGAUGGAAAGUGUGAAAUUACAAUUGAUGGAUUUUAUUUAGAAACUUUCCUUUGUACAAUUUUUGGAAUCAUGUGGUAUCAAUAUUUUUCAAAAAUUAUACGUAACCUGCAAUCUAAAGACCUGAAACAUUGGCAUGUUGAUGCUAAAAAGCAUUCAAAAUUAUAAAUAAAAAAUAUAUUGUUGAUUGUUAUUAUUUAUUUAUUAUAAAAGAAAACCAGAAUAAAUAUUUUAUCAAGCAAUCGGAAAAGUUUCAUAAUCUAAAUUUUAUGUUAAUGUCUUAUCUGUUAAAGAAGUAAUAUUAUUCAUUCAUUAUAUUAUAAUAUAAUUACAAAUAUACCUGUAUCACCAUUAAAUUAAUCUGAAUCAUUCAUAUGUAAAGUUAAAGCACUGUAUAGGUCUUUAUAGGGCCCUAGUGGCCUAGUAAAGUUGCAUAUCUUUAUGAUACAUCUUGUGUAUAUGAUUAAUAUAUACAGAGUGAUUCAGUGCUGCAGCCUUGGCUUUUUUUGUUGGCUGUACUGAUUUAUUGUAGUCUAGUGUAUAGAAAUUUCUUAUAAGUUAUAUGAUUAAUACAAUUAAUUUGCUUCAUUAUAA